AUGUCCCAGCACGGUGAUCUCGGGGGUACGGCUGGGCGAUGGCGGGAGGUCCACGGCGUCGAGAGCAGCUGGGCGGGGCUGCUGGACAUGCUAGACCUCGACCUUCAUGCACCACACUAUCCUCCGCUACGGCGAGUUGGCGCAGGCGACCUGCUACGACACCUUCAACUGCGUACCGGGUCACCAGAUUCUGUACGCCAGGUGGGGUGGCCAUGCUGGACAUUUUCAUCCUCAGGCGCUGUGAUGCCAUGGUGCACCGGGGCUGGCUCUACACCUCCACUGACCCCACGUCCAGCCACAAAAAGACAAUGCAAGGCAUCAGGCGUUGAGCGAGGUGCGGAGCUCGCCACGCUGAACACGUUCAACAUCGCUGCCAACGAUUACAACGUGGCACCUUGUGUAGCAGCGAGAACCGUCUGCCCGGUGACCGUGUUCGCGUUCACCAGUCCGCGCGUUGGCAGCUCUGGCUUCAAGAAGCAGUUCGACGCCAUCCCUGAGCUGCGUCUCCUCCGCGCCUGCAAUGCCUACAACGUCGUCGUACGUGCAAGUACCAGAUCGUGCAUGGAGCUUGCGAUCGACACAGGGAAGUCGCGCGCCCUACCUGAGGAGCCCGGGCACGAGCAAACCUGGCACAACCUCGAGGUGUACCUGCGGCUUCGUGGAUAUGCAGGAUGCGUGGGCGGAGGCUUCGAGCUUGCCACGGCGCGGGAUGCGGCACUGGUGAACAAGGCAUACGACGCACUGCGGAACAGCAACAGGGUGGUGGGGGCCGUUGCUGAACAGGGGAAUGGUGGAGGGAGCGGACAGAAUGGUGAGUAG